AAACCGGAUGUCUUGUAGUCGCCAGCCGCGUUGUUGCUGCGGGUACAGACGACUUCUCACUGCGCCAAAGAGGAACCAACACUGUCCCAACGUGCACAGGGAUGUCGUUUUGUAGUUUUUUCGGCGGAGAGGUCUAUAAAGACCACUUUAAACCAGGAGUUUAUGUCUGCUCCAAGUGUGAUCACCAGCUGUUCACCAGCCGCUCCAAGUACGAGCACUCGUCCCCCUGGCCUGCCUUCACAGAGACCGUCCGUGAGGACAGCGUGUCCAAGCACGAGGAGAGACCGGGGGCAUAUAAGGUGCGAUGUGGGAAGUGUGGAAAUGGACUAGGCCACGAGUUUGUGAAUGAUGGGCCAGCCAGAGGCGUGUCUCGCUUCUGAAUAUUCAGCAGCUCCCUGAAGUUCAUCCCUAAAGAUAAGGUGGAUGAACAGUAAGGUGAGCUGUUAUAGGGACGUGCUGCUGGACUUUCUCUGUGCUGCUGAAGGUGUGGACAGCGGAUGAAGUGUUCUGGGAAAAAGCCCAUCUGGGAGCUCAGGGCUCUGAUGCAUGAUGGCCACACUGGAUUACUGAGCAAUAAUCACCAUCUCAGGAAAGCCUCUCUGAUCACCAGUUUUCGAUGUAUUGUGAAUGAUUGAGAUUAUCUCAUGGGGAGAAUAGCGUUACUUUGAUUUUAUAAGAUAUUAUUACUGAAGAAAUUAUAAUAUUAUUACUAUAAGAAAUGGAACCCGCCUGUUUAUUUACCUUCAAAGGCCUCUAUGCAAACUAAAAUAAAUUAUUUUAAAUGAAUAAC